AGUCGCAGUUACUCUUUGUUUGUCAAUUUCGUCAACGAACGAUGCGAGCACGUGAGGAGGAGGAGGAGGAGGAGGAGGAGGAGAAGAAGAAGGAGGACUUUUCGAUGAAAACUCAUCUUCAGAGGCAGGAACGAAGGAGGAGGGCCCCUGGUGGCAGCAGGACUGCUGCCGAACUUUCCUCAACCUGGAAUAGGUAUUGGUCUACGUUCGUCCUGGUCGGCUUCAUCGGCGGAGCGAGUGCAUACACACCAGAGGACUGCCAGGAAAUCGACCCAAACACCUUCCCCAACCCGGAGAUAUCAUUCGACGAAAGCCUGUCUUUCACAGUCCUCGCUAACCAGAAGGACUCUUGGAACUUCUCCGCGACGAUCUCGGACCUCAACGGGGUCAGUUGCAGUUUCGGCGUCUGGCGCCAACCGGACCACAGGUCCGAGUACUUUCUGUGUCCCGGGACGAAUCAUAACCACAGGCAAAAUAUUUCUGAAAAACAAUACCAUCAGAAUAUCUCCGAGAAGACGGAGGUGUCCUUCGACGCUGAAAGGAGACAAUCCUGUUUCCUCCUUCCGGGAGAAGGAUUUACUACUUCCUGCGGCAGGGACGUGAGGAUUACGCUGCCCCAACUGUUCGGCGUCGGAGGAUAUAAACCGAAAUGGAUUCAGACGCUCCUGGAACCGCCGUUGAGGAUGACGGUGGACAAGAUCUCGAACGCAAACCUGACGAUCAACUGCAAGCACAUAGAUUGCCUGCAGACAUCAGGAGCACUUGCAGGGAAUAUGGCUCACAAAAGAUAUGUAUUUUUCCUCAAACCUGCUGAUUCAUUUGAAGGCGUAGAAAUAAAAAUAACAGCAUCGGAAAGUUGUUAUGUGGACGUUAACAGGAACAGUCUCCAGGUGAAGCACGGAUCGUGGUUUAACAUCACCUUGGAAUAUAAUGGCGAUGCUGUGAAGGUGCUUGUGGAUGGUAGAGAAUCGGCCAGGGUAUUAUGUCUGCGCAGUGACUUUUGGAUUAAAUCCGUCCACUUGAAAGGUGGAGGUCUCCUGACCUGGUGUGACCCGCGGGAUAUCAGGCAAGCCCUCGAUCUCAAGAUGAUUACCAUCUUCGCAUUGCUGGGUGUUAUUGCAGCCAUGUUCGCAAUAAUGAUAGUAAUAAUAAUCUGCUGUGCUAAGAGACGGCCUUCCCCCACCAUCCAGGGAGAGGUGGGACCUACCCCUUCCGCGCCCCAGGACGACACGAAUCACCAAGGAAAGCAACGGGAAUCUGCUGUGUACGAUUACGUCGAAACAGGGACAUUCGUGAACGCGCUGAUGACCAGGCACGACAGUGAGAAUAGUUUGUACCAAGAGUCGAAAUUUUAGGCUGAAAUGAACAUAAAGUGGCACAAGUCAUUUCACUGGCAUCUACUACUGUCGCCUGUUACCACUUGAGCUGCAGUAUGUAAUGUCCUAAAAAAUAUUUGCAUUGGGUUGUGGUUAAUUUAUAGAAUAAUCUUGCAGUUAAUUUGCAAAAUAGCUUUGUUGUUAAUGUAUAAAAUAAUUCUGUAGUUAAUGUUCAAAAUAGCCAUAUAUUUAAUGUAAAAAAUAGUUUGCUAGUUAAUGUUCAAAAUAGUUUUGUAGU